AUGCCUAUUUCAGCCAGACUUCUUGGUGAAUGGCAAUUGCUUUGCUCUACAGUUCUUGGCUACGAGUUGCCAUAUGAUCACGCAACACUUCCAGGAAGCGCGACACCACGAUACGAGCAAUGUGCCAAUAUGGAUGAGGAAAUCCUGGAGGGUUUCCAGGUAUGGGAGCUUUCAGAAAUCCCGGAACCUGAGCGCACCUUUGAGUUUCCUGAGCAAACUAUAGCAGGCACACAUCCUCGAGUUGGGAUCCCUCAACGCAUGUCGACUGCGACCACUGCUUCUUCGAACAAUUUGCCUACAUCACCCACCCGCGAAGUUCUACGGACCAGUAACAGAACCGCACAGCACUCCUUGUUGGGAAACGACCAGGUCAUCUACCCAGAAGAAGAACUUGUGCACCCAGACGAUGCCACAAUUCCUUCGUCGUACUCAACCGAAACUUACGAAGAAGUCCGCGAGACGAGUAGUUACAAUUCCCAAGCUUACACGCCCGACUACAACGCGGACGCUGACCCAGCGGGUAUCAAUCGUCCCAAUCAUUACAUUUCCGACCUCGAACAUGCACCCCCUACUUACUGGCCACUUUAUGAUCCGACAUACUUGGCAGACUUCAGCCAACCUCCCUACGUGCCGCCUCUCCCAAUGUAUGGCCUGGAAACCCCAUAUCUCAUACCUCAAGGUCAGCAGCACAGAAAGGCAAAAGGUAGUGAUCAACGGCAGACGAGCGGAAAGAAGAGCAAAAAGAACAGGAGAGCAAGGUUGAGGCGUAAGGAGAAGAAGUUAAGCGGUAGGAGAUCCGGACUGGAACCGAGUAGAGAACUGGAGAGGAAGGAGAGAAAGAAGGCUAUCAGGGCUUUGUCUAAGGCCAGUUUUUGA